AUGGAUGUACUUCAGACGAAGAACAGUUAUAAAGAUCGUGCAGAGGAGGAAAUGAGGCGUGGAAUCCCGUUGGAAGAAAUCUGUCGCCAGGACACAGCAGAGCGUUAUGAGCGGAAAAUGCUGGAGCCUUACAGUACGAUACCAUCAACAUCAGCACCACUUUUUUCUCUAAACGGAUUGCAACAACCCAAUAAU